CUCCCUCUCCAGGUUACACUUUUCCAUAGAGUGACACCAUGAGAUCCUGGGCACUUCUCACCCUCCUAAUGCUGCUCUUCACCCUCUGCCCAGAAUUGAAGGCUACAACAGGUCUAUGUAACAUGAAGGAAGACCAAGGCUCCUGUCGGGGCUACUUCCUGCGCUGGUUCUAUAACAAGAUCUCCAAAAAGUGUGAAACCUUCAUCUAUGGUGGCUGUGGGGGCAACAGAAACAACUUCUACUCCAAAAUUCAGUGUGUAGGAAAAUGUAUCUUCUGGGCUCAAAGCUCUCAUCCAUACUCAUGAUCUCACCUUGGGCUCCAUGACCAUCAUUCUUCUCCAAGUGAUGAGAAAG